UGCAUUGACCCCAAGCAGCCCCUAACUCAAAGCCCCCGGCCUCCGAUCCGAUCCGCUGCCCCGCCCUGACUUGCCCCACGUAUACACUACUGUGUUCGCUGUGUAAUCGCCGGACUGGAUCUCAAUCGUUCCAAGAACAAUUGAACUCCUCAAAACCAGCUACUCAUAGAUUUCAGCGAGCGUACGUCGCGGUCCUGCCUCCCUCCCUCCCAAGGAAACCCAAGUUUGCCCACCAUGGCCGCUCCCACUCCCGAGCGGAGGUUCAAGAACCCGGUCGUCUUCAUCUGCGACAUCCAAGAGAAGUUCCGCCCGGCCAUCUAUGAAUUCGACAAAGUGAUCCUGACAGCCCGCAAACUCCUGCACGCGGCGACGGCCCUGCGCAUCCCCAUCUUCGUGACGACGCAGAACCGCGCGCGGCUGGGCGAGACCGUGGCCGAGCUGCAGCCGCUGCUGGCCGCCGCCGGCGCGCUCGUGCAGGCGGAUCUCGACAAGACCCGCUUCAGCAUGUGGCUGCCUGCCGUGGCCUCGCACCCGGUCUUUUCCUUUUCCUCUUCCUCAGCCACCGCUACCACCUCGCCAUCCUCUACCGCCACAGCAUCGACAUCGCCGGCGGAGGUCGUGAUCGCGGGGAUCGAGUCGCACAUCUGCGUGACGCAGACGGCGCUGGACCUGCUGGCGGCGGGCCACCGGGUGUACGUGCUGGCGGACGGGGUGAGCUCGGCGCACCGGGAGGAGGUGCCGGUGGCGCUGGCGCGGCUGCGGCAGGCGGGCGCGGUGGUGACGACGAGCGAGAGCUGGCUGUACGAGUGCAUGGGCGACGCCGGCGUGCCCGAGUUCAAGGCGGUCGUCAAGCUGGUGAAGGAGACCGGGCCGGACACCAAGGCGGCCUUGCAGGCGCUGGUGGGGAGUAAGAUCUGAGGAGAUUAGCAAGAGAGUAGUUGGAAGGGGAGCAUAUAAGACACAGUAUAAGCGAGCACGUUCGGUACUUUUGCAUCGGUACAGCAGGAUUGACGCUUUGCUUGAGCAAUUCAAGCAUGUUUUCUCUUGUUUGAUUUGUCUUGUGUUUG